AUGGCGGGCGCAAAUGUAAUUCUACAAAAUUUUGAUAAAGGAUUACGAGCGCAUUGGCCACCUGAGCAACUGGCGACGAUUGCAAGAUUGAGCCGACUGUUCGAAGAAAAUCCCGUUCCGACUUUUGUGAAUUCAAUGUUAUUGAGAUUGGCUGAUUGUUUCAAGGAUGGGUUGGUUUUUUGUAAAUUUUGUCAGAGGACUUAUUCCUUUCAAAUAUUUAGCGAAAACUAUUGGGAAAUCAUAACUUAUUUUCAGAGCUUACUUAAUUUUUCCAUAAAAAUAGAACACUUCAAAAUCUCACCAGAAGACCUAAAAUCAAUUUCAGAACAAAUGAUGUUCGAGUUUCAAUAGCUCGUGCCCUUGGUCAAUGUGGUUCUCAAUUAACUCUUGCAUUUUCAUCAGCUGAAAUAUUUCGACGAAUUCUUGUUGUCAGUCAUUCAAAUGAUCCAAAUGCACGAGAAGCAACUCUUGAUGUUCUAUCUGCAAUUGCUCCAAUAUUUCCAGAAAGUGGACAAGCUCAUCAUAUAAUUUGUGAAUCAAUGAAUACUUCACAUGAUGGAGAAUUUCGAGCAGCUUGUUCUGCAAUGAAAUCAUUUGCACAAUUAUCAUCGAUGUUUUCGGAAGAUAUUGUUUUGAGAAUUGGAAAAUUAUUGGAAGAUUCAGCGAUUUGUGAGAGAAGAAAAAUUGAGAUUUGCAAAGUAUUUUCAACAAUGUGUGCAAAUGCAACAACUAUGGAUUAUGUAUUUGAUAUUGUUGACAAUAUUAUUAAUCGAAAUAUUUCCGAUUCUUUGCUUUCCGAGUUUCUUGAAGCAACAACUAGUUUAUGCAUUGAAAUUCGAUAUGCAAUACCGAAACAAAUUGAUAAUCUUUUGAAUAUUUUAUUACCAAUUAAAGAAGAUUGUUCAUCUGCGGCUAGAAUUCGAAUGUUGAUUAUUUUAAGAGAAUUGAAACGAUUAGCUGAAUAUUCGAAUAUUUGGAAAGAGGAACAAGUUGAGACAUUUUAA